GCGAUCAGCUGACCAGCAGCAUCCUUGACUGACUGACUGCUGCAGUUUACCGUGUUGUUGGUUUAAUAAUCGACCUGCGCUCCGCGUGUUAUGCUGCCGAGAGGGAAUUCAUGUGACGGAGAAGAAACCACAGCACCAUGGCGGCAGAGAUUCAUCCCCGUCCGCAGACACGAAAGCCCGUCCUGCUGAGUAAGAUCGAGGGUCUCCAAGAUGUGGUGAACACGGCUGUGAUCAUCCCCAAAGAGGAUGGUGUUAUCAGCAUAUCUCUGGACAGGACAAUCCGUGUGUGGUUGAAGAGGGAUGGUGGUCAGUACUGGCCCAGUGUCUAUCACACAAUGCCUGCUCCAUGCUCAUGUAUGUCUUUCAACCCAGAGACAAGGAGGAUAUCUGUUGGGAUGGACAAUGGUGUUGUGUCGGAGUUUGUCCUGUCUGAGGACUACAACAAGAUGACUCCUGCACAAACAUAUCAGGCUCAUCAGGGUGCUGUGACUGUGGUGUUGUUCGUCUUAGAGAUGGAGUGGGUUCUAAGCACAGCUCAGGACAAGAGCUUUACGUGGCACUGCUCAGAGAGUGGACAGCAGCUGGGCACAUACAGAACUACAGCAUGGGUGUCUGGACUACAAUUUGAUGUGGAGACCAGACAUGCUUUCGUUGGAGAUUAUUCCGGUCAAGUGACAAUCCUUAAACUGGAGCAGGACAACUGCAGCCUGGUCACCACCUUUAAAGGCCACACAGGCAAUGUUACUGCUCUGUGUUGGGAUCCCGUUCAAAGGGUUUUAUUCUCUGGAAGUUCUGAUCAUUCAAUCAUCAUGUGGGACAUCGGGGGCCGUAAAGGCACAGCCAUCGAAAUGCAGGGACAUAAUGAUAAAGUGCAAGGUUUGUGUUAUGCUCCGCACACUCGUCAACUCAUUUCCUGUGGCUCAGAUGGAGGAAUAGUUAUCUGGAACAUGGAUGUCACACGACAAGAGACCCCUGAGUGGCUGGACAGUGACUCGUGUCAAAAGUGUGAACAGCCGUUCUUCUGGAACUUCAAACAGAUGUGGGACUGUAAGAAAAUUGGCCUGCGGCAGCAUCACUGUAGGAAGUGUGGCCAAGCCGUGUGUGGAAAGUGCUCCUCUAAGCGUUCCACUAUACCUCUCAUGGGAUUUGAGUUUGAGGUGCGGGUUUGUGACAGUUGUUAUGACUCCAUUACGGAUGAGGAACGGGCACCCACAGCAACAUUCCAUGACAGUAAGCACAGCAUCAUACAUAUUCAUUAUGAACCAACCAGGGGCUGGCUGCUCACCUCUGGGACUGACAAAGUCAUCAAGCUGUGGGACAUGACUCCAGUGGUAUCUUGAGAAUUCUCGGCACCAUAAGCGUACAGGUAUUCUGAAGGUGUAUUCAUUCUGGAAGCCGAACAAAGAAUUGUGUGUUUGUGACAGUGACAAAUGAGAAUGCUGAUAUCGCUUCCCAUGGGAAAAACAUAAGGACAUCAUGUAGUGACACUGAAAAGUGAUGCUUUGAAAAACAAAACAACAGAACUGAACAUGUGCAUUUGUGAAUGUACACAUGGGUUAUGGGAAAAGUGUAAAUAUGGUCUAAAUCUGCUUGGCUAUAUUGGGCCUUAUUCAUGAAACAUGAAUAGAACAAUUGUGUGUAAAUGCAUUCUUAUAUAAAUUGUCCCAUUGAAUUGAACGGAAGAAUUUAUGUAGGAAUGGUUUUACUUACGAUUUAUACACAAAUUUGUUCUGCUCGUGAAUAA